CCAAACGCCUGCCGCCUCAGCGAAUUGCGAUCGUUUUUCGAACCGUUUUCGAAUCGUUUUCGAGUAUUUUUUUUGUUUGUUUCUGUGUCGCACAAACCGAGCUACGAACAUGUCGUUCCUGGGCAACACAUCCGAUCUGGAGUGCGAAAAGAACGAGUUCCCGCGCCAACGACCCACGGGCAUCAUCACCAAGGUGGCCGCCCACAAGCUGUCCGCGGAGCCCAAGUGGACGGACAAGCGGGAGGAUGACUCCGACUCGGAGGUCUCGUCGCCGGAUAACUUCCUCACUAAAGGCGCCUUCCUACUGACCCCAUCCUACGAGUUGUCCAUGGAGCGGGCGGCCCUCAUCUGCGAGAAGAUGGCAUUCAAGGGAUGCUUCAGCUUGACCAAAACCGCUACAGGCAUUCUGUUUAAAUUCUCACACCCAGAUGACUAUCAGGCGGUGUUCAAGAAGGGCUUCCACAAGGUCACCGGGGCGCGAUUCUACCGCAAGAUAGCCAUACCGUGUCGGCCAAGGAAGACCUUCACCCUGUACGUGCUGGAUGUGCCCGAGGAUCUGCCCGUGGAGGAUAUCCGGCACGCCAUGUACAAGUUCGAUUCGGUGGUGGAGGUGGUGCGGCUGCACAUCUACUCGAGCCUCGCCAGCAAUGCCGCCAACGCCUCCUCCUCCGCCGUCGCCGCCAGCAGCUCCUCCGCCGGCGGGGACAAGGGCGUCGAAGGUGAGCAGAUCCAGCUGCUGCACACGCCAACCCAGACGCUGCGCCGAGCGGCACUCCGAAGCGUCUCCAAGAGCGUGGGCUCCGUGGUGGGCGAUGCCAUCGAGAAGGCCGAGCGUCCUGAGCGCAGAGAACUGCCGCCAGCCGUUAUCCGGGUGACCCUGGCCUCCAUGGACGAGUACAACAUCCUGUUGCAGAACGGACUCAACUUCUACGAUGCCACGUUCUUUCCCACUGAGGCCAACAUCUCGCUGAAGGGCGCCAAGAUCGAUUACAAGCGCAGAAUGCUCGAUGGCUCGAUUCCCGGACGGGUGAGGGAGCUGCUGCCCGUUUUCGAUGCGGCUGGCUUCUGCAAGCUGCCACCGCCCACCAGCAAGCUAAUUAAGCCGCCGAGGUCGUAAACCCAAUCCAAUCCAAUACGAUGCGAUCCGAUGCGAUGCGAUUACGAUGACAACGCGUUCCGGCCAAAUAGACGGGGCCCCCAUGACGACCACACUCCGGAUUCGGCACUACCCAGUUUAUCUUACCCUACUUCGAUGUAUACUACACACAUACUAUAAAGCUGUUUUCAACGGAUGCCAACGUUUCCGCUCGAUCAGCCGAUCCGAUCCAAUCCGAUCCGCGCCGAUCCAUAAUAAUUCCUCUUUUGGCUACCAUCUAUGUUUUUGUUGCCUUUCCAUCUAUAUAUCUAUCUAUCAGUUUGUCUCCCCUGUGAACUUUUCAACCUUCUUCGCUCUGUUUUUUUUUUUUGCUAGUUUUAUUAUUAAAGGCCCAUAUAAGGCGUAGCGUCUAAUUCGUUUGAUUGUCUAACAAUGAAAAAAAAACAAAAAUAAGC